AUGGAGAAACCGACGCAGUCUCAGCACCAAGCGGCAAUGGCCAGGAACGCGGAAAGUCAAUCGGAGGACCUUUCCAAACUGUCGGACGAGGAUUUAAUGAAGUGGACGAAAGAUGACUUAAUUCGCCGAUUGAGGAGAGCCGAAGCCGACAAAAUGAGUGCCAUUCUGGACCACGGGAACCUCAUCCGAGAGGUGAACCGCAGGCUCCAGCAGCAUCUCAACGAGAUUCGCGGGUUGAAGGACAUCAACCAGAAGCUGCAGGAGGACAACCAGGAGCUGCGCGACCUGUGCUGCUUCCUGGACGACGACCGGCAGAAGGGCAAGAAGGUGUCGCGCGAGUGGCAGCGCCUGGGCCGCUACAGCGCCGGCAUCAUGCGCAAGGAGGUCACGCUCUACCUGCAGAAGCUGCGGGAGCUGGAGCAGCGGCAGGAGGAGGUCAUCAAGGAGAACAUGGAGCUGCGCGAGCUGUGCCUCAUGCUGGACGACGAGAAGGGAGGAGGCGGCGUCGGCGGAGGAGGAGGGGGUACGGGGGUGGCCGGGUGUCGGACCUCCAUUGACAGCCAGAGCAGCCUGUUGCACAUGCCGGUGCCAGGCCCCGGGCUGCUGAGGGACGUGGGGGAUGGUAGCAGCACCUCCAGCGGGGGCAGCACCGACAGCCCCGACCACCUGCACCACAAGCAGCAGCUGCUGGCUGGCCCGGGCGGGCCCGGCAUGGGUAACACGGGAAGCCCGGACCACCACCAGCACAAGUCCCGGCCCGGGGCAGCGCCGGGCGGGGAGGACCCGAGCACCGUUGGGGGUGGUGGGGGUGAUGGUGGCCAACAUAUGGGUCGACGGAGGAGCACCAGUCCGGAGUACACGGCCCACACCUUGCCGCAGGUGUGCCGGCCCAGGUGCGGCUCGCUGUCAGGGAACGAACACAAGCUCUUGCGGGGCAUCAGCCCCGAGAAGCAGCACGUGGUCAAGGGCGUGCCCCGCGGGAGCCCCGAGCAGUACACCAAGCACCCCCACCCCCACUCCCAGAUGCCCGGCAGCCCCGAGCUCUUUAAGAAGCACCGGGGCGGCAGCCUGAGCAGCGUGUGCGACGGCAAGGGGGGCAUGGUGGUGACGGGGACGCCCGAACACCUGCAGAAGGGACGGGCGAUAUCGCUGUCCGGCAGCCCCGAGACGGGCCGGCACCAGUACGGGGUCAGUCCGGAGCACAGCGCCAAGUUCGGGAGUCCCGGGAGGGACGCGCUGCAGAAGCGGACAGCGUCAACGGGAGGAGGCACGGGGACGGGCGAGGAGAUGUCCCCGCACCACCGGGGGCUCUACAACGGCGGCAUGAACGGUGGGUCCGACUGGAGCCUCCUGUAA